GUUGCGUCACGGGCACGUCCACUGUGCUGGGGCUCGGAGACGCUGACCAUCCACUCAUGCAUCCAGAGGCGCAGGGAGACGUUGGCGCUCCUUGGGAAGAAACGCGUUUUUUUCAUUUUCAUUUCUCCUUUUAGUUUGCCACGGACAGAUUCGGACGGGUGACCGGCUGCAGCGCUCCUUUUGUACAAACUGGACGACCCGCUUGUCAAGCACACAGAGACACAGCUUCCACUACGCAUCAUGUUUGAACGCCGAUAAUCAGUUAUAAAUAUACAUGACUGUGCUGCGGCAUCGCCCUUAGCCUCAUCGGGCUGUAGUAGCUCUCCUCUUUUUUUUUCUUUUUUUUUUUUUGUUGUAAUUGUUAUUAUUGCAAAAAAAAAAAAAAAAAAACGCCUGGAGAGACCACUGUGUGGGUGCAACUGGAGGAACGAUCGCACCCCGGACCAUUGAGAAAGGUUCGGAUGAGGUGGUUCGGUUUUAGAAAUCCAGCCAACUUUUCAUCUUUUCGGUUCUAGCAGCAGUGCCAUCGGGCAUUGCUCAGGAGAUGGCGAUGAGGUUGUUCUACUUGGGAUUUAUUCUCUGCUUGGAGGUCAUGUCUCCUAACGGUGCCACCGUAGGUCCCAAAUCAGAUGAUCCUCCCAAGACAUGCAACCCUAAGCAGUUUGCCUGUAAGGACCAUGUGACCUGUAUCUCCAAAGGUUGGCGCUGUGAUGGGGAGAAGGACUGUCCAGAUGGCUCAGAUGAAUCGCCAGAUAUCUGUUCACACAACAGGCCAAACCAGUGUCCAGUCAAUGAACACAGCUGCUUGGACCUGGAUGUCUGCAUCCAUAUGAGCAAACUGUGUGAUGGCGUUUCUGAUUGUUCGGAUGGCUGGGAUGAGGGACCUCACUGCAGAGAAAAAGCACCAGAAUGUGCCGCCUUUGGGUGCGAGUUUCACUGCGGAGUAACUCAUGACGGGCCGCGGUGCUACUGCAGAACCGGUUACGAGGUCGCUGCAGAUGGAAAGAAGUGCAAAGAUUUCAAUGAGUGCAGUGUGUAUGGGACAUGCAGUCAAACGUGCACGAACACAGAAGGAAGCUACACCUGCAGCUGUGUUGAAGGCUAUCUGCUGCAGCCAGAUAACCGCUCUUGCAAAGCCAAAAAUGAGCCAGUGGAUCGUCUGCCUGUUCUGUUGAUCGCCAAUCUCCACGGCAUCCGAUGCACAUCUCUGAGUGGCUCAGCGUCCCGACUGUCUGUCCCAUACACCAAUCAAACGAUGGCGAUGGACUUUGUAUAUGCUGAGGAGACGGUUUGCUGGAUAGAUGUGGGUGAUUCCCCCGCUGCCACUCAGCUGAAGUGUACCAGUAUUCAAGACCUGAAGGCGAACAGCACAAGCAUCCGACCUGUCAACAUCACCCUCAGCUUGCACCAUGUGGAGCAGAUGGCAAUCGACUGGCUGACUGGAAACUUUUACUUUGUCGAUGACGUGGAUGACCGCGUGUUUGUGUGCAACAAGAACGGCCAGACUUGUGUGACCCUGCUGGACCAAGAGCUGCAUAACCCAAAGGGCAUAGCCCUGGACCCGGCCAUGGGGAAACUGUUCUUCACGGACUACGGCUCCAUGCCCAGGGUGGAGCGUUGCGACAUGGACGGCCAGAACCGCACCAAGUUGGUGGACAGCAAGAUCGUCUUCCCUCACGGUAUCACCCUGGACCUGGUGAACCGGCUGGUGUACUGGGCUGAUGCAUACCUGGACUACAUCGAAGUGGUGGACUAUGAGGGCAAGAACCGACACACCAUCAUUCAGGGUCUGCUGAUCGAGCACCUUUAUGGACUGACUGUAUUUGAGAACUACCUCUAUGCAACAAAUUCAGAAGAAGGCAACCUCAACCCAAAGACAAGUGUGAUCCGGGUGAACCGCUUCAACAGUUCCGACUUCCAGGUGGUGACCCGCUUGGAUCGGGGAGCCGCGCUCCACGUGUACCACCAGAGACGCCAACCUCAAGUGCGCAGCCAUGCUUGUGCCCUGGAUCAAUUUGGAAAACCUGGAAGCUGCUCCGACAUUUGUCUGCUGAGCAACAGCCACAAGACGCGUACCUGCCGCUGCCGCUCUGGAUUCAGCCUCGGCAGUGACGGCAAGUCCUGCAAGAAACCAGAGCACGAGUUGUUCUUGGUGUACGGUAAGGGUCGCCCUGGAAUCAUCCGGGGCAUGGACAUGAACGCCAAGGUGCCUGAUGAGUACAUGAUUCCCAUUGAGAACCUGAUGAAUCCCCGAGCUCUGGACUUCCACGCCGCCAGUGAAUUCAUCUACUUUGCAGACGCCACAAGCUACAUUAUUGGCCGACAGAAGAUUGACGGCACAGAGAGAGACACCAUUCUAAAGGAUGGUAUUCACACAGUAGAGGGGAUAGCAGUCGACUGGAUAGGAGGAAAUCUCUACUGGACCGAUGACGGACCUAAGAAGACUAUCAGUGUUGCCAGGUUAGAGAAGGCUUCACAAACUCGCAGGAUUCUCAUUGAGGGAAAAAUGAGCCACCCCCGGGCUAUUGUUGUGGACCCACAGCACGGGUGGAUGUACUGGACUGACUGGGAGGAGGACCCCACAGAAAGCAACAGAGGGAAAAUUAAGAAAGCUUGGAUGGACGGUUCACAUCACCAAGUCUUCCUGACCAGCAAGACAGUGUUGUGGCCCAACGGCCUGAGUCUGGACAUUCCUCAGGGCAUCCUGUACUGGGUGGAUGCUUACUAUGACAGAAUCGAGAUGGUUUUCCUUAACACCACAGAGAGAAAGGUCGUCUAUGAGGGCCAGGAGCUUAACCAUGCAUUCGGCUUGUGCCAUCAUGGAAAGUUUCUGUUUUGGAACGAGUACCGCGGCGGGAGCAUCUACAAGCUGGACCAGGAAACCAAAACCGUCACUUUGCUGCGCAACGAGAGGCCUCCUAUAUUUGAGAUCAGAGUGUACGACGCUCACCUACAGCAGGGCACCAAUAAAUGCAGAAUAAACAACGGCGGCUGCAGCAGUCUGUGCCUCGCCAUUCCUUACGGCAGGUCCUGCGGCUGUGCCGACGAUCAAAUCCUUGACGUCGACAACGUCACCUGCAAAGCCAACCCCUCCUACGUUCCCCCGCCCCAGUGCCAGCCGGGAGAGUUCGCCUGCAAGAACAACCGCUGCAUCCAAGAGCGCUGGAAAUGCGACGGGGACAACGAUUGUCUGGACAACAGCGACGAGGCCCCUGACCUCUGCCACCAACACACUUGUCCUGCAGACAGAUUCAAAUGCCAGAACAACCGCUGCAUCCCGCUGCGGUGGCUUUGUGAUGGCGACAACGACUGCGGCAAUGAUGAGGACGAAUCCAACACCACCUGCUCUGCUCGCACUUGCCCACCAAACCAGUUCCUCUGUGCCAGUUCGCGCUGCAUCCCCGCCUCCUGGACAUGUGACCUGGACGAUGACUGUGGAGAUCGUUCAGAUGAGCCACUUUCCUGUGCCUAUCCAACGUGCUUCCCUCUCACCCAGUUUACCUGCGCUAACGGCCGCUGCAUAAAUAUCAACUGGCGCUGUGAUAAUGACAAUGACUGCGGGGAUAACAGCGAUGAAGCUGGCUGCAGCCACUCUUGCUCCAGUGUGCAGUUUAAAUGCAACAGCGGUCGCUGCAUCCCAGAGUACUGGACCUGUGAUGGCGACAACGACUGUGGAGACUACAGUGACGAGACUCAUGCCAACUGUACAAUCCGGGAGCCCCGCCCUGCUGGCGGCUGCCAUGCUGAAGAGUUCCAGUGUCGGAUGGAUGGGCUGUGUAUUCCCAUGCGCUGGCGCUGCGAUGGCGACACCGACUGCAUGGACCUCAGCGACGAGAACAAUUGUGAUGGUUGGAAUCACACGUGUGACACAGCGGUGAAGUUCAGCUGCAGGGACUCUGCUCGCUGCAUCAGCAAAGCCUGGGUGUGUGACGGGGACAGCGACUGCGAGGACAACUCGGACGAGGACAACUGUGAGGCGUUGGUGUGCAAGUUGUCUCACCACAUGUGCGCCACCAAUGACUCCAUCUGCCUGCCCGCCGAGAAGCUGUGUGACGGCACCGAUGACUGUCCAGAUGGCUCUGAUGAGAAGCUUUGCGACUUGUGCUCUGUGGAUAAUGGUGGCUGCAGUCACAACUGCAGCAUUAUUCCCGGGGAGGGCUUCAUGUGCUCCUGUCCCCUGGGUAUGGAGCUGGGAGCCGACAACAAGACCUGCCAGAUCCAGAGCUUUUGUGCCAAACACCUAAAAUGUAGCCAGAAGUGUGAACAGGAGAAAUCCAGAGUCAAGUGUUCCUGCUACAGCGGCUGGGAGCUGGAGACAGACAUGGAGAGCUGCAAAAGUACUGAUCCCUUCAAACCUUUCAUCAUCUUCUCCAAUCGGCAUGAGAUCAGAAGGAUCGACCUUCACAAGGGAGAGUUCAGCGUGCUCGUACCCGGCCUCAGGAACACAAUUGCUUUAGACUUCCACCUCAACCAGAGCACCCUGUACUGGACCGACGUUGUGGAGGACAAGAUCUAUCGUGGGAAGCUGUCUGAAAACGGAGCCCUGACCAGUUUCGAGGUGGUCAUCCAGUAUGGCCUGGCGACUCCUGAGGGCUUAGCCGUUGACUGGAUAGCGGGAAACAUUUACUGGGUGGAAAGCAAUCUGGACCAGAUUGAGGUGGCCAAACUGGACGGGACCAUGAGAACCACACUGCUGGCUGGAGAGGUGGAGCAUCCCCGGGCUAUUGCUCUGGACCCACGGGACGGAAUUUUGUUUUGGACGGACUGGGACGCCAGCCUGCCCAGGAUAGAGGCAGCGUCCAUGAGCGGGGAAGGCAGACGCACCAUCCACAGGGAGACAGGCAGUGGUGGCUGGCCCAACGGACUCACUGUGGACUACAUGGAAAGACGCAUUGUCUGGAUUGAUGCCAGGUCGGAUGCCAUUUACUCGGCGAUGUACGACGGUUCGGGACUGAUUGAGGUGUUGCGUGGUCAUGAGUAUCUGUCCCACCCCUUUGCUGUCACCAUGUACGGAGGAGAAGUCUACUGGACCGACUGGCGGACAAACACGCUCGCUAAAGCCAACAAAUGGACCGGACACAACGUCACUGUUGUCCAGCGCACCAACACGCAGCCCUUUGACCUGCAGGUCUAUCACCCGUCCAGACAGCCUCUGGCUCCAAACCCAUGUGCCACAAGUGACGGGAAAGCCCCUUGCUCCCACCUGUGUCUCAUCAACUUUAACCAGACCUUCUCCUGCGCCUGCCCCCACCUCAUGAAGCUGCAGGCCGACAAGCGCACCUGCAAAGAGUCCCGCAAGUUCCUGCUUUAUGCACGACAGAUCGAGAUCCGAGGUGUGGACAUCGAUAACCCUUACUACAACUACAUCAUCUCCUUUACCGUGCCGGACAUAGACAACGUGACCGUGGUGGAUUAUGAUGCUGUGGAGCACCGCAUCUACUGGUCAGACGUGCGUACUCAGACCAUCAAAAGAGCCUUCAUCAACGGGACGGGAGUGGAAACGGUCGUGUCUGCUGACCUUCCUAAUGCCCACGGCCUGGCAGUAGAUUGGGUGUCCAGGAACCUCUUCUGGACCAGCUAUGAUGCCAAUAAGAAGCAGAUCAAUGUGGCGAGACUGGAUGGGUCUUUUAAGAACGCCGUCAUCCAGGGGUUGGAUAAACCUCACUGUCUGGUGGUUCAUCCGCUACUUGGGAAGCUGUAUUGGACUGAUGGCGACAAUAUUAGCAUGGCAAACAUGGAUGGAAGCAAUCACACCCUGCUUUUUACCAAUCAGAAAGGCCCUGUUGGACUUUCCAUUGACUAUGAAACGAAGCAGCUCUACUGGAUCAGCUCAGGUAACAGCACUAUUAACAGAUGCAAACUGGACGGAUCUAAACUGGAGAUACUGGAAGGUGUAAAAGGCAAACUUACCAAGGCGACUGCUCUGGCUAUCAUGGGAGACAAGCUGUGGUGGGCAGACCAGGAAGCAGACCAGAUAGGAACAUGUGACAAGACGGACGGUGGGAACUGGAAGGUUUUGCGUAACAACACUUCCCCUAUGAUGCACAUGAGGAUCUAUGACGAGGAUGUGCAGAAAGCGGGAAUCAACCUGUGCAGCAACAAUAAUGGCGACUGCUCGCAGCUGUGUCUGCCCACUUCUCCGACAACAAGAUCCUGCAUGUGCACGGCUGGAUACAGCCUCAAAACUGGGCAGCAGUCCUGUGAGGGUAUGGGAUCUUUCUUGCUUUAUUCGGUUCAUGAGGGAAUUAGGGGUAUUCCCCUCGACCCGGCAGACAAAUCUGACGCCUUGGUGCCCGUGUCUGGCACUUCUCUGGCUGUGGGCAUCGACUUCCACGCUGAGAAUGACACCAUCUACUGGGUGGACAUGGGACUGAGCACCAUCAGCAGAGCAAAGAGGGAUCAGACUUGGAGAGAGGAUGUGGUGACCAAUGGCAUCGGCAGAGUGGAGGGGAUCACCGUUGACUGGAUAGCAGGAAACAUUUACUGGACUGACCAGGGCUUUGAUGUGAUCGAAGUAGCCAGACUGAACGGCUCGUUCCGCUACGUGGUCAUCUCCCAGGGUCUGGACAAACCCAGAGCUAUAACUGUCCACCCAGUGAAAGGGUAUUUGUUCUGGACAGAGUGGGGUCAGUACCCUCGUAUUGAGCGCUCUCGCUUGGAUGGCUCCCAGAGGCUGGUCAUUGUCAACGUGAGCAUCAGCUGGCCAAACGGGAUCUCCAUCGACUAUGAGGGGGGUUUGCUUUAUUGGUGCGAUGCUCGAACAGACAAGAUCGAGCGGAUAAACCUGGAGACGGGAGAGAACAGAGAGCUGGUACUGGCCAACAACAACAUGGACAUGUUUGCUGUGUCUGUGUUUGAGGGAUACAUCUAUUGGAGUGACAGGACUCAUGCCAAUGGGUCCAUUAAGAGAGGUAGCAAAGACAAUGCUACAGACGCCGUGCAGCUGAGGACAGGCAUCGGUGUACAACUGAAGGACAUCAAGGUUUUUAACAGAGCUAGGCAGCAAGGCACGAACGUCUGCAAAGAAAAAAACGGUGGCUGCGAACAGCUGUGUCUUUACCGUGGCAACGGGGAGCGGACCUGCGCCUGCGCCCACGGCAUGCUGGCCGAGGACAGACGUAGCUGCCGCGACUAUGACGGAUACCUGCUGUACUCGGAGCGCACCAUCCUGAAAAGCAUACACCUGUCGGACGAGACGAACCUCAACGCGCCAAUAAAACCGUUCGAGGACCCGGAGCACAUGAAGAACGUCAUCGCCCUCAGCUUCGACUACCAUGGCGGCGGAGGGAAGGGAGCCAACCGCAUCUUCUUCAGCGACAUUCACUUCGGCAACAUCCAGCAGAUCAACGACGAUGGCUCCGAUCGCAAGAUAGUGGUGGACAACGUCGGGUCAGUUGAGGGUCUGGCGUACCACCGAGGCUGGGACACACUCUACUGGACGAGUUACACCACCUCCACCAUCACUCGCCACACAGUAGACCAGAGCCGCUCCGUGGCUUAUAACCGCAACAUUGUCGUUACGAUGUCUGGAGAAGACCACCCUAGAGCCUUUGUGCUGGAUGAGUGUCAGGAUCUCAUGUUCUGGACAAACUGGAACGAGCAGUCUCCCAGCAUCAUGAGGGCCUCUCUGAACGGAGCCAAUGUGCUGGUGAUCAUUGGCAGUGACAUUAAAACUCCUAAUGGCCUGGCCAUCGAUCACCGUGCUGAGAAACUCUACUUCUCCGACGCCACUCUGGACAAGAUCGAACGUUGCGAAUAUGACGGAAGUAACCGCUAUGUGUUGUUGAAGAACGAACCAGUACAUCCAUUCGGUCUGGCCGUGUACGGAGACUACAUAUUCUGGACGGACUGGGUGAGGCGAGCUGUCUUGAGGGGAGACAAGUUCACGGGAGGAGACAUGAAAGUGCUGCGAGCCGACAUCCCUCAGCAGCCAAUGGGCAUCAUUGCUGUGGCUAACGAUACCAACAGCUGUGAGUACUCUCCAUGUCGAACAAAUAACGGAGGCUGCCAGGAUUUGUGUCUGCCCACAUCUGACGGACGGGUGAACUGCAGUUGCCGCGGCGAUAGGCAGCUCCUCGAGGACAAUACCUGCUCUUCGCUGAAUAUGUCAUGUGGAAGUGUUGAUGACUUUGAGUGCGGAAACGGCGACUGCAUCAACUACAGCCUCACAUGUGAUGGGAUGGCCCACUGCAAGGACAAGUCAGACGAAAAGCAAUCUUAUUGUGCCAAUCGCAUUUGUAAGAAGGGCUACCGAAAGUGCCUUAAUGGCCGCUGUCUUGGCCACCAGUUCUGGUGCGACGGCACAGAUGACUGCGGCGACAACUCAGAUGAAGUGCCCUGCAACAUGACUCUGUGCAAAGCAGGAGAGUUCCAGUGCAAAGACGGGAGCUGCAUCUCCAACCACAGCCGCUGCGACCAGGUGGUCAACUGUGAGGAUGCUAGUGAUGAAAUGAACUGCCAACCUACCGACUGUUCGCGUUUCUUCCGCCUUGGAGUUAAAGGCUCCACCUUCCGAAGCUGUGAGAAAACAACGCUGUGUUAUCUGUCCUCAUGGGUGUGUGAUGGCAACAAUGACUGUGGAGACUUUUCUGAUGAGAGAAACUGUCCAGAUAAGAGGAAGCUGAAAUGUCCCGUUAACUUCUUUGCUUGCCCCAGUGGGCGUUGCAUCCCGAUGAGCUGGACCUGCGAUAAGGAAAACGACUGUGAGAAUGGAGCUGAUGAAACCCACUGCGACAAGUUUUGUUCGCCCACUCAGUUCGAAUGUGGGAACCACCGCUGCAUCUCCAAGAACUGGGUGUGUGACGGCUUCGAUGACUGCGGCGACAACUCUGACGAAGGCCAGAUAUGUGACAAUAAGUCCUGCAGCCCUGACGUUUUCCAGUGCCCGGGUUCCCACAUGUGUGUGCCCCAGCGUUGGAAGUGCGAUGGAGAUAAUGACUGUCCCGAUGGAGCCGAUGAGAGCUUGAAAGCUGGAUGCAUGUACACCAACAAUACAUGUGAUACCAAGAAUGAGUUCAUGUGCCAGAACAGACAGUGCAUUCCAAAGCACUUUGUAUGUGACCAUGACAUUGAUUGCUCUGAUGGUUCGGAUGAGUCCCCAGAAUGUGAAUACCCACCAUGUGGUCCAGAGGAGUUUCGCUGUGCCAAUGGACGUUGCCUCAACCAGAAGAAGUGGGAAUGUGACGGCGAGUUUGACUGUCCAGAUCACUCUGAUGAAGCUCCCAAAAACCCUCACUGUGUAGAUUCUGAGAGGAUCUGUAAUGAAUCUUCCUUCAUGUGCCACAAUAAGAAGUGUUUGAAUGAAACUCUGCUGUGCAACCGGAACGAUGAUUGCGGCGAUGGCUCUGAUGAGCGCAACUGCUUCAUCAAUGAGUGUCUAAACAGCAAGCUGAGCGGCUGCUCUCAGCUCUGCGACGAUCUCAAAAUCGGCUUUAAAUGCAGAUGCCAUCCCGGCUUCCAGCUGAAGCGAAAUGGGAAGACGUGUGUGGAUAUAGACGAGUGCACGACCACCUACCCCUGUUCUCAGCACUGCCUGAACACUCACGGCAGCUUCCACUGUCUCUGCGUGGACGGCUUUGAAGUCAGCCCCAAUGACCCCACCAUCUGCAAGUCCACUUCGGAAGUGGAACCCUACCUGAUUUUUGCGAAUCGCUACUAUCUGAGAAAGCUCAACCUGGAUGGUUCCAACUACACUCUUAUAAAGCAGGGACUUAACAAUGCAGUAGCACUGGACUUUCACUAUGCAGAGCAGAUGAUCUACUGGACAGACGUGACCACUCAGGGAAGCAUGAUCCGACGGAUGCAAAUGAACGGCACCAACAUGGAGGUUUUGCACCGAACCUCCCUGAGUAAUCCCGAUGGUCUGGCAGUGGACUGGGUCGGUGGAAAUCUAUACUGGUGUGACAAAGGUCGUGACACCAUCGAAGUCUCGAAGCUUAAUGGCGCCUACCGGACUGUGCUGGUCAACAGUGGCCUGAGGGAGCCGCGGGCUGUCGCUGUGGACGUCCGCUAUGGAUACCUUUACUGGUCCGACUGGGGUGAUAACCCUCACAUUGGGAGAAUUGGAAUGGACGGCACAGGCAGAAACAUUAUCAUUGAGGAUAAGAUCACCUGGCCCAACGGACUGACCUUGGACUUUGUCAAUGAUCGGAUUUACUGGGCAGAUGCCAGAGAGGACUAUAUCGAGUUUGCCAGCCUGGAUGGAACCAGCAGACACACAGUUCUGAACCACGACAUCCCUCACAUCUUUGCCAUGACGCUGUUUGAGGAGUACAUCUACUGGACCGACUGGGAAACAAAAUCCAUCAACAGGGCGCACAAGACCAUGGGUACCAACAAGACCACCCUGAUCAACACCUUGCACCGGCCCAUGGAUAUUCACAUUUACCAUCCCUACCGCCAGCCGCCAGUUCUGAAACAUCCGUGCCAGACAGACAACGGUGGCUGCAGCAACCUCUGCCUCCUCUCGCCAGGCGGAGGAUACAAAUGUGCCUGUCCCACUAACUUCUAUCUGGCCAGCGACCAGCGGACAUGCAUGUCCAACUGUACGGCGAGUCAGUUUGUGUGCAAGAAUGACAAGUGCAUUCCUUUCUGGUGGAAAUGCGACACUGAGGAUGACUGUGGCGACGGGUCAGACGAGCCUGCAGACUGUCCGGAGUUUAAAUGCAGACCGGGACAGUUUCAGUGCGGUACAGGCAUCUGCACCAACCCUGCUUAUAUCUGCGAUGGAGAUAACGACUGCCAGGACUUUUCAGACGAGGCCAACUGUGAUAUUCAUGUUUGCCUGCCCAGCCAGUUCAAAUGUUCCCACCCGAACCGCUGCAUCCCAGGGAUCUUCCGAUGCAACGGCCAGGAAAACUGCGGUGAAGGCGAGGAUGAGAAGGACUGCCCUGAGGUUACAUGUGCUCCCACGCAGUUCCAGUGUGCGAUGACCAAACGCUGCAUACCUCGCCUCUGGGUGUGCGACAGGGACAAUGACUGCGCCGAUGGGUCAGAUGAACCAGCCAACUGCACUCAAAUGACAUGCGGUGUGGAUGAGUUCCGAUGCAAAGACUCUGGGCGCUGCAUCCCCGCACGCUGGAAGUGUGACGGCGAGGACGACUGUGGCGACUCCUCCGACGAGCCAAAAGAAGAGUGCGCUGAGAGGACUUGUGAGCCCUACCAGUUCAGAUGCAAGAACAACCGCUGCGUGCCGGGCCGCUGGCAGUGCGACUACGACAACGAUUGCGGGGACAACUCAGAUGAGGAGAAAUGCCAGCCUCGUCAAUGUUCAGAGAGCGAGUUCGCCUGCACGAACGGCCGCUGCAUUGCCGGGAGAUGGAAGUGUGACGGAGAUCACGACUGCGCUGAUGGAUCUGAUGAGCAUGGCUGUGAUUUGAAGUGUGACAACGACCAGUUCCAGUGUAAGAGUGGUCACUGCAUCCCGAUCCGCUGGAGAUGUGACUCUGACCCGGACUGCAUGGACGGCAGUGAUGAGGAGAACUGCGGCAGCACUGCUGGACGUCACUGUCCUCAAAAUGAGUUCCAGUGCAACAACACUCUGUGCAAACCACUCGCCUGGAAGUGUGAUGGGGAAGAUGACUGUGGUGACAACUCUGAUGAGAAUCCAGAGGAAUGCAGGAGGUUCCAGUGUCCUCCUACCAGAGUCUUCCGGUGCCUGAACGACCGUGUGUGUCUGCACAUGUCGAGGAGGUGUGACGGCGUUAAUAACUGUGGGGACGGCUCGGACGAAUUCAACUGUGAGGCCCACCAAGCGACUCCCACGUGUGAGAAGGAUGAGUUCUCGUGCUUCAACGGCAGAUGCAUCAGCUCCAAUCUGCGCUGCAACUUCUUCAAUGACUGCGAAGACUUUGGCUCUGAUGAGAUCCAAUGCAAAACAGACAAAAGGCUAAACGACUGCCGCAGCAACAGCACUCAGUGCGGCAAUGUAGACGAGGCACAGUGCAUCACCAACGGCACGGACUCCUUCUGCUCCUGCAAAAAGGGUUUCCAGAAGACCGGGCACCACACCUGUGGAGAUAAAAAUGAGUGUUUAGAGUUUGGAGUUUGCUCCCAGAUCUGCAACAACACCAAGGGUUCCUACAAAUGCAGCUGCCACAAGUACUUUACCAGGAUCAAUGACACUUGCAAGGCUGACAGCAUGAACAGCAGUCGACAGAUCCUAUACAUAGCCGACGACAACGAAAUUCGCAGCCUGGAUCCCGGCAUGCCCAACUGGCGCUACGAGCAGAUCUUUCAGGGCGACGCCAGCGUGCGAAUCGACGCCAUGGAUUUGCACGUCAAAAGCAACCGUAUUUUCUGGACCAACUGGCACACUGGCCGCAUCUCCUCCUACGAGCUCCCAGAGCCGUCCUCGUCCUCAUCGUCAUCGUCCUCCUCAUCGUCAUCGUCCUCCACAAACUCUCACGCCAACCGCCGGCAGAACGAGGGCGGCAUCACCAACCUGCAGAUCAGGGAGCUGAAGAUGCCCCGUGGUAUAGCAGUGGACUGGGUGGCUGGAAACCUGUACUGGACAGACUCUGGUCGAGAUGUGAUCGAAGUGGCUCAGAUGUCGGGGCAGCACUGCAAGACCCUCAUCUCUGGCAUGAUAGAUGAGCCAUAUGCUAUUGUAGUGGACCCACAACGAAGCACCAUGUACUGGGCAGACUGGGGAAACCAUCCUAAAAUCGAGACGGCUGCCAUGGAUGGCACUCUUAGACAGACUCUCGUUCAAGAAAACAUCCAGUGGCCCACAGGAUUAGCCGUGGACUACUUCAAUGAGCGCCUUUACUGGGCUGAUGCUAAACUCUCGGUCAUCGGCAGCGUUCGCCUGGAUGGCUCAGACCCGGUCAUCGCCGUGUCUGGCAUCAAAAACCACCUACUCCACCCUUUCAGCAUUGAUAUCUUUGAGGACUACAUCUACGGUGUCACUUACAUGAACAACUUUGUCUUCCGGGUCAACAAGUUCGGCAAAGGCCCGAUGGAAAACCUUACAACAGGCAUCAACCACGCCACUGACAUAGUCCUGUACCACCGUUACAAGCAGCCAGACAUACCUAACCCAUGCGACAAGAAAAAGUGUGAGUGGCUGUGUCUUCUGAGCCCCAGCGGGCCCGUUUGCACCUGCCCCAACAACUACGUCGCUGACAAUGGUACUUGCGUGGAGAGACCGAGCCCCACUUCGUCAUCUUUCACUCCUCCAUCAGAGCCCUGCAGCAUCCAGUGUCUGAACGGCGGGAGCUGCUUCUUCAAUGCCUAUCAGGUGCAGAAGUGUCGCUGCCAGCCCAGCUACGUUGGAGCGCGAUGUGAGAUCAACCAGUGCAGGGACUACUGCAAGAACGGAGGCACCUGCACCUCUUCCCAUACAGGCACACCGACUUGUAGAUGUCCUAAAGGCUUCACAGGGCCGAACUGCAACCUCCACACUUGCCAGGAUUACUGCCUGAAUGGUGGCAGCUGCUUGGUCAGCAUGGGCAACCAGCCAACCUGCAGCUGUAAACCCGAGUACCAAGGAGACCAGUGCCAGUACAGUAAAUGCGAAGGCUUCUGUCAAAACGGUGGAACCUGCUUGCAGACCUCCAACGGGACCAAACUGUGUCAGUGCUCCACCCAGUUCACGGGACACCAGUGUGAGCUCGACAAGUGUCAGUUCUGUGGAGACGGCAAGUGUUUCACGCAGCGCACCGGGGAAAUCGCCUGCAACUGCACCAAUGGUCAGACCCACUCCACCUGCUACAGUUGUUUGGACUACUGCGCUCACGGCCAGUGUUCAUUCGACACCCGCACUCAGCUUCCCACAUGCAGGUGUCAUUCUGGAUGGUCAGGCUACAGAUGUGACGUUGCAUCUUCCUCUGUGGAUUCUUCUGAUGUCACCGGUGGCGUUUCCGCCUCCGUUGUGAUUCCAAUCCUCUUACUACUGCUGCUGGCGCUGCUGGUUGUUGGCGCCAUCUUAUGGUACAAGCGGAGAAUGCGUGGGUUUCUGUCCUCGGGCAAAUCUCGCUCUCAGUGCUCGCGUGCAAAAGGAUUCCAGCAUCACCGGAUGACAAACGGAGCCAUGAAUGUUGAGAUCGGGAACCCGGCCUAUAAGAUCUACGAAGGAGAUCCUGAUGACGACGCCGGGGAGCUGCUAGAUUCAGACUUCACUUUGGACCCAGAUAAGCCCACCAACUUCACCAACCCUGUGUACGCCACCCUGUACAUGGGCGCCCACAACAGCCGCAACUCUCUGGCCAGCACGGACGAAAAGAAGGAGCUUCUGUCCCAAACCGACGAGGACAUGAAUGACCCGCUGGCGUAGAGCUCAGCCGGGAUUGAUCUCUGCCGACGUCGCCCCGCCUCCUCCGACCCAGAGCUGAGCCAGCAAGCUCCCUCUUUUUUUCUCUCUCUCUCUCUUUCUCAUCAUAUGCCUUUACCAGCUGAAAAGAAAAGCAACAAAGGAGAAAAACAACCGCAAGAACUCUGUACAAAAUGUAUAAAAAUGAAGGACUACUUUUUUAAGUGAUUGCAGUAUUAUAUUUUGUUCCUUGACAUAGAAAAAACAAACAAACAAAAAAAAACGGUGAGGGAAAACAAACCAUUUUAUAGACGUUUUAUCAGUUCUUUUUAAUUUUGUUCACUUCCUCUUUACAUAUAGCCACUACCUCUGUGCAAAUGUAAAAGAUGGAGAGAGACACGGCUGUGGAGCAGAUGUCAUGUUUUUAUUUAGUUUUUUUGGGGGUGGGGGUGGGUAUGAAUUGUACUGGGGGGGGAGAGGGGAAGCAGGGGAGUAUCGUUCCAUCCUGGGGGAAGAAGUUGCCAAGUGUUUAGUUGCUCAGAAGAGUAAUGUCAGUGCUCGCCACGAAUGCUUCCUGGAUGCUUUCCACUUUAGUUGUGCAUGUUUAGUUUGCUGCCGGAAGGAGACUGACAGAGGAAUGCACACAGAGGACUCAGCAGCUUCAUUCAAGUGAUUGUCAUUUAUCUCCUUGCACAGACUAAAGUUAUAUAUAUAUAUAUAUAUAAAUCUAUAUUUCCAUAUAUAUAUAUAUGAGUCUAUUAAGUGUCUUGAAAAUAUUACCCAGGAAUACAAACAAACAGUAACAAAUAGCAGUCUGUACUUUUUAACAUUUUAUUUUUAAAGUCCUUGUGUAAUCUUUGUCAGCAGCAAUGAAUGAUUCAGUUGCAGUUUCUUGAGCGUUUAACGAGGAUGAUUGUAAGUCCACAUUCCUGGAUUUAACAAAAAAAAAAAAA